UUGCCCCACUGUAUGCUCUCUACAGCAUUCACUUUUCUGUUUUCUACGCCAAUUUACCUGUACAGUAUUGGAGGGAGCUGAACUCCAUACCAUUUAACUUUAAACAAACGUCACACAACAACCUGACCUGAUUGCUAAACAAGUAUAUAGACACAAAAAACAUUUAUCCCUUACUAAGUUGGAUCCCUGUGUGACUAGAAGAUGGGUUCGAAUAUUUUUAAAUUAAGGAAUUACCCCAUAAUAUCAAUUUUACCAGUAAAUUUCUCUGUUUAAAUAUACAUGUUGUAGAGAACAACAAAGGUUGACUGUUAAUGCUGCAUCCGGUGGGCCACUGCCAUCACAGCCCUGAAUGCAGUUUCCCCUAACUACAGAGACGCCGCAACAAUGUAGAAGCCUUCUGCUAUUAGCCCAGCUGAAGGCGCCCUGGAGUGAUCUCUGUUGGUCAAUAUCUAAGAUAUUAAUAUCUAAGGGGAAAUCCAGGCGUUUCAGCAGCACCAAACAUCAUAAAAUCAACUAUACAACAUAUAAACCAACUAUAAAAAACUAUGUAAACUAAGUACAAAAGUAUAAGUACAAGUAGAAUCUAAAAUUACUGCAGAUCGGCAUUAUAUCAAAAACAUACAAAAACCUGACAUUGUCCUUAUGUUUCAUGUACACUUAAUUGUGAGCACAACCUCUGCUGUUGUAAGUCUGAUGGCAGUGGGCACAAAGGAGCGUCUAUAGCGCUCAGUUCUUCAUCUAGGUCAGGGGUCGGGAACCUUUUUGACCGAGAGAGCCAAAACACUCAACGUAUUUUGAAAUAUGAUUCCACGAGAGCCAGUGUGUGUGUGUGUCUAUAUGCUGUGUAUCACAUUUUUUUUUUUUUCGAGAGCGCAUAUGAACGCAUCAUUCAGGAGCAAGAGUGAGGCACGCUCGGCUUUUACGAGCAAUUGCCGAGUUGUGAUUGAAAUAAAUCUUUAGAAAACAACAACAAAAGCCUGACAUCGCAACUUGAAGUUGAAACCGUAACCAGGGAACUUGUAAAUAACAGUGGCCGAGACAGUUGGAGCUUCUCGGAGCAGCUGUUUCGUGAGUCUCGCUCACCUGGAAGUGGUGACAAUUUUGACAGGCGAAAAAGUACUGAAAGUCAAACUGACUACACACCUCUAUGACUUCAGAUGUGGAAUUCAGAGGACGGCUCACCACCUCUGGGCUCUGAGCAGCUGCAUCUUUCCCAACAAAUGAGUGAAGAGCUUCUUGACGACGACAGCCAGGUUUCCUGGGACAUCGAGCUACUGCUGUCUGAGUGGAGCAGCCCCUCGCCGGACCUGAGCCCUACUCUGGACCGUAGCGAUGAGAGGAACCAACAACAGCCGAACCAAGACAGACUGUACCAUGAGGCAGGCUUGAUAAAGGACCAAAUGGGUCAGGAGCAGAUGGACAACAUUAUAAUGGCAGAAUAUAUGUUGCCGACUACGCCAUUCCAGCCUCAGGUGUACCACCAAGGGUACAAUACCAACACAGCAGGUCGAACGUUAGCUGCCAAUCAUGUCGAGCAAUUUGGUUUGUCUCAGGAAAGACACAGCACAGGGAACCUCAAUGAGGUCCCGUCUUGGGAAUUUAGUCCAUAUUACCCCCCUCAGCAUCCUUCUUUGGUGGCUUUCCCUGAAGGGAGGUUCAUCCCACUCCAAGCUGCGACCGCUGACCCGCGACACUACAACUAUCCCUCUCACUUUACUCACAGUGCGAGCCUUUUUUGUGACUACACUCACAGCCAAGCCACUGGUCGUUUAGCACUACAGCAACAGAUGACCGGACCACAUCUGCCCCCCGACGGGGCGGAGGGGAAGCGCGGGCGUAGGUCGACGGGGAAAAAGAAGCCUGCUACCCACAGCUGUGAAUACCCGGGCUGCAGCAAGACCUAUACAAAGAGCUCGCACCUCAAGGCUCACCUUCGCACACACACAGGGGAAAAGCCUUACCAGUGUUCAUGGGAAGGCUGCAACUGGAAGUUUGCCCGCUCAGAUGAGCUAACGCGUCACUACCGCAAGCACACAGGCCAAAAACCAUAUGAAUGUGUGCUCUGUAAGAGGGCCUUCUCCCGUUCUGACCACCUGGCUCUGCACAUGAAGAGGCACACCUGAUGCUCAGGAUGAUAUCUUGAUACAUAUUCAGUGACCACACUAUUAGGUGCGCAUUCAAAUACAGUCCAGGAGCUUUAAUGAGAAUUAUGGCUCAGCUGAAGAAUUCUAAUUAAGUAGGUCUGGAAGGUAUUCAAUAACAGUUUUGUACCGUUCCACCAAAACCAGACACUUCUCACACAAUGUCAAACUGAAAUAUAUCGUGAUGCAGAAAUUCCAGACAUCAAGGAGUGGUCGGGAUUUUUUUUUCAUAUAUAUACCCUUUUAAACUUUUUUUUUUUCACAUUUUUUUUGUUUGUUUGUUUGGAUCGAUUAUUUAUCAUCUAACGUGUCGGAGAAAAUGCGACAGUAACAAAAAAAAAAAAAAUACAAUUAAGCGAUAGUUAUGAGGUAGAUAUCAGUGACUUUUUUACAGACACCAUUUCUUUCAUUGUGACGUCAUUUGUUUAAAAGUUUAAAAUAUGCGAGUGAAUCAUUUUUUAAGUUGUUUUUUUUUAAACGAAAUAUUAGACAUCAAUUAAUGAUUCUAAGCUAAAAAUGACAGACACUUUGAAUAAUAAAAUAUAAUUAAUUACCUUCGUUUUAUGGCUGGUUUGAAACAAAAGUGGUUGCGCGAUGUCUGUGAACGGGGUUUUCCAGGGUAAAAUGGACAAAUUAAAAAUAUUUCGGGGACUUAAUACGCCAUGAAUCUGCUAUGGCAGCAUAUAGACACAUUGUUCUAUCAAACACAACAUUUGUUUUGUCUUAAAGUACAGCAGUUUAUUUUAAAGAGGGGUGCAAGAGCAGAAACUGCUUUUUCAGCCUUGUCUGUGUUUUCCGCCAUAUACUAGUAUAUGUGGCGGAAAACACUCAGGUGACUUGAAGUUCCGCUCUGAGACCCCCAAUUUGGCCAAAUUCGAAAAACUGUCCUAUAUAUGCAUGAGUGAUUUUCUGGGGGAAGAACAUUUUUGAACAGGAGGGCAUUUGAAACAUUUUUUUUAACCCCUAAACCCUCACUCAAACUGAGAGCAUGAGAGAGAAAAUUAAAGACACCAUGACUUUUAACGAGAUAUUAUCGCGUACUUACCUUAUUGUGAUCCAAAAACUCCGUGUAGCAUGUAUCACAGUGUCAAGACACAGCUGUGAAUGGCAACAGCCGGACUUUGGGGGGAUUUUAUGGGUGAAACAUCGUAAUAUAACAAGGGGUGCGAAGCAAAAAUCAGAGACAUCAAGGAGUGGUCGAAAAUUUCUUAUUCAUAUAUUUACCUUUUCAAACAUUUUUUUUCAUUUUUUCUGAGUUUGGAUCGAUUAUUUAUCAUCAAAAAUAUCUGGGAAAAUGCGACAGCAGCAAAACAAAUACAAUUAACCGAUAGUUAUGAGGUAGAUAUCCGUGACCUAUUUUCAGACACAAUUUUUUUCAUUGUGACGUAAUUUGUUUAAAAGUUUAAAAUAUGCGCGUGUAUAAUUAUUUAAAGUCGUUUUUUUUCAAACUAUAUUUUUGCCAUCAAUUAAGGAUUCUAAGCUAAAAAUGAUUUUGACAUUUUCAAUAAAAUUAUAAUUACUUACUCUCUUUUUCUGGCUGGGUUGAAACAAAAGCGGUUGCACGGUGUCUGUAAACAGGGGUCUUCAGGGUAAAACGGACAAUAUAAAAUAGUUUGGGUUCUUAAUGUGCCAUGAAACUGCUUUGGCAGCAUAGAGACAUAUUGUUCACCCAAAGACAAGUUCUUUUGUCUUAGAAUACAGCAGUUUAUUUUAAAGAAGGGUGCAAGAGCAGCCAUGUUUGUGUUUUCCGCCAUAUGCUGCAUUUAUUUAUGUAUUAGCUUGGUGGCACGGUGGAAGAGUGGUUUGUACAUCCGUGUCACAGUUCUGAGAUUGUUGGUUUAAUCCCGGCUCUGGCCUCGCUCUGUGGAGUUUGCAUGUUCUCACCGUGCCUGCGUGGGUUUUCUCCGAGUACUCUGGUUUCCUCUCACUUCCCCAAAAUGUGCAUGGCUGGCUGAUUGAACGCUGUAAAUUGUCUGUAGGUGUGAGUGUGUGCCUGAAUGGUUUUGUCUAUAUGUGCCCUGUGACUGGCUGGCAACCAGUUCAGGGUGUACUCUGCCUCCUGCCAGUCGAUGCCUAGGUAGGCUCAAGCACCCCCGCGACCAUAGUGAGGAUAAGCGGUUCAGAAAGAAGUGAAUGUAUUAGCUUUUAAAUGCAGUACUCUGGACAGAGGGGUGGUUUGCCAAUUUUCUAUAAAUGAUCAAAAUGAUGAUUGGAAAUCGAUUUGAGUAUACAGUUGCAUUAUUGCUAUUGGACAAAAGACCAGCAUGCCUUGUGGCAUCUUUGGCCAUUUUCUCAAAUUUUUUGAGUUUGAACGUCUUCAUAUUUGAAGGUAAAAACGUAAAAACAUUUCAUCAUUUCUAAUAGGAUUUUAAAUAGCUUUGCAAUUCAGUAAAUCGCAUGACAAUCACAAUAAAGAUAGCCAAAAAUCUCCUUUAUCAAUGUUUGACCCAGGUGUCUGGUUUCGGGGAAUGGCUAACAAUUUGCAUUCAGUAAUCCCCCAAAGUUUUAACUAUUUACAAUUUUUUUUUAUCUAGGAUCAAUUUAGCAGCCACAUCACUUCAAGAUAGCUCAUUCCGUCACGAUGUCACAUGAUAACGGCAAAAGACACACAACUUGGCUCCUGCAUAUCAUAACACAAUGAAAUAGCACCAAAAUAGACAAUAGGAUUUUUUCUUCCCUGGGAAAAACGAGGUUUUAAAAAUCUGCAAAUAUGUGAAAUCACAAGUAGCAAAACGUGCAAGGAAUAGUUUGUUAUUGUUUCUAUGUAGUGUUUAUCCUGAGAAAUAUUUAUAUUGGAUUAUUAGCAUACAUGAUAGCAAUGUACGAUAAUCACUACGUAGCCGUGCAGUUCAACACCACUUUAAUUUAAAAGACAAUUAUUUUUUUUAUACAGGUGAAGCUAGUGUGCUAGCCAGUAAAUGUGUGUUGGUUAUUUAUUUAAAUGUUAUUUUGUCAAUUUCAUUGAUUAAAUUCCUGGUUAACAAGAGACACAGAAGACAAUGGCUCUUGUAAUGCAGUGUAUUAAAAAUUGCUUUAAGCUUUGUUGUAUAGAUAGAAUAAUAUUCCGGAUCUGGUAUAGUUAGUUUUGGAUUUAUGUAGGCUUUACAUUCCCUGUGAUAAUCAAUAAAAAAAAAAUGUGACAUUAUAUAUCAAGGGCGUAGGUUUGCAUGGGGACGGUAGGGAUAUAACACUACCGACUUUUCAGGAUGCUCAAAUUGUCCCCACCAACUUUUAAGCAACCUUAUUUGCAUUACAUAAAAGAGUUAUAUACAGUAGCUAAUUUAGAUUGUCUUCCCAUAUGUUGUAAUGAUUCAAUAGAACAUACAAUUUUUAAGUUAAUAAGUUAUUUUCAUUAUAUUCAGACUUACAUUUAUCCCCUUUCACUUGCAGAAUGUGCCCCCCCCCCCCAAAACUAACGUUUGGUUGGCUGAUGAGUUGAAGCCCCUGCUGCCUCGCCACAAAGACACACACACACAUCUUCACACAGCCCCAACAGACGACAACAUGCCGCCCCCUUCGGAGAGGAGGGAUAUUAGAAGUUUUUUUGGGGGGGUUAGCAGCAGCCACUGUAAGCCAUGUAAAAAGACGUCAAUGUUGUUGAAGUGAGGGAAACACCACUCAUUUUGCAACUGAAAGUCAGACCUGCAUCAGAGUUAGCAUAACAUUAAACUUGUCAACCUGCAAAACUAUUACGAUCAGGCCAGCCUCCACAAGGAACAAAAAAGUCAAGAUAGCCGUCCCUUAUUUGGACCAUUGUUUGCAUUAUGUGCAUUCCGAUCAUAUCGUCCCUACCAAUGUUGAGACCAAAUCUACGCCCUAGCUAUAUAUGUGAAUUUCAUCUAUUAAAUUCAAACAGUCCUUAAGUGAAGCUACAAUCUGUUUAGGAUUCCAAAACUACCCACGUUUGCAACCAACGUCAGAAAAUAACCGAUUCAGUGUCAGGUAAAAAAUAAACUAAGCCCAUAAACAAUGGCCUUGGAUAUUAACAUACAGGACCGAACACUGUACAAACAUGGUGCAUGUAGACAGGAAACUUAAACACUAACACAAAACCUAUUUAGAGGUGAUUAGGUUUUAAGAUUUGGCGCUCACAUAAAGUCUUGACGACAGUCAAGAUGAUAUCCAUGUUCUACUCUCAUUUCCUUUCAUUGCACUUGUUUGGAUUUUUAUUAUUUCAUAAACUAUUUAACUCAGGGCUGUGUAACUUAUCAUUUUCUGGAAGGCGCUUGACUAAAGCAAAAGUAAUAACAACAACAACGUUGUAUGUGAACCUUUUAUCAAGUGACCACCAUAUUUAUUGACACUUCUUAUAGUACAUGCUAGACAUUGUAAUUUUUUUG